AUGCCCAAAACUACCUCUAGUACAAGUACCACGCGAUCUAUCACAUCACUCUCCACAAUUAGUGAGGCGGACUACUACUCAGACGCCGGAAGAAGACAAAGUGGAACGAGGUCGACGUCAUCGAACACGAAUCAGGAAUCUACGCAGAAACUGAAGCAUAGAAAUCUGGAGAAUCUUCAUCGGUACCGGGACGGGCCGCGGUGGGAGGAUCCAUAUUGUCUUGUGGAGAGAGAGACGAAUGGGAAGAGGGUUGCUAGAAUGAGGGAUGAGUUUAGGAAGGUGGAGGAAGUGUUGGGUUUAGGAGAUGAGAAAUAG